AUGGCUUCCUCGUCUCAGCAAGCUAUGAAACGUGCCCUCGCCAACGGGAACAUCACCUCUCUCUCGGCCUGCUCUGGCCCGUCUCCAUCCCCAGACGCAUGCUGCGGGCCGCUGUUGGCGUUUCAGAGGAGCUUCGCUGUGAGGGAGCCCAUGUUCUUCCUCGCCAUCACCACACAGCCCGAGCUCAACACCCCUUGCAGGAAGUCCCUCCAGGCGCAUCUGCAGGCGUCCCCUGUGCGCCCGCGCAUCACUGCCAACGUCUUCUCCCUCUGCAACCCUCCCACCAACGCCUCCUCCUCCUCCUCCUCUUCAGCCUCAUCUCGUCGCAGUCUGCUCCCUCUGGUGGCAGUGGAUCCGCCAAGCAACAAGUGCCCUGUGGUGUGGGUGCAGGACGUGGAUCGACUUCAGAACGUCACUCGCCUGGCCAAGGCCUGCGGCUCCGCAGAUACAGCCUGCUCUAGAUGCGCCUCCACCCUGUCCACCGCAGCUGCCGCCCUGGCUCGCUACAGCCCGGCUGUAGCGGCUCGCACUGCGGCAAGGGGAAGCGCGGGUAAUGCGAGCACGGCUGCUGGUGAACCCACCUCUGCACCAUCCGAAGCAGUCAUGGAGGAUUGUGCCCGAGUGACAUUCGUGAGGGUGGCUCAGGCUCAGAGCUGGCGAGCGGCACCAGGGCUUGUAACCCUGCAGCUGGACUGCCCCAUUGUCUAG